AUGAACUUGAGGGAAGCUCAGGUUGUGAUAGCCUGUGUGGCGUCCAGGUUUGGAGCGUCCACUGUGUUUCCAAUAUUGCAGCAUCAAUUGGAUAAAUCCGUGGAGUUCUCAACACCGGUGACAUCGUAUAGAAGUUUGCAAGAAGGCGUGUUCCUACUACGAAAUGAUUUCCCAUUGUACUCCGGUGGCGUGGUUCACCAUGCCCCACUACUGGUGGCACUCAUGUCUGCGUUCAACAACGAAAAUAUGGUUUCUCUGCUGUACGCUUGUGCGGAUGCCCUUGUAGCAUACCAGCUGAUUGCGAUGGCCAGAAGCUUCAACAACUCAUCUCUUCCAUCGUGGGUUCCCGGUGCGCUAUACGUUAUCAAUCCUCUGGUACUACUGUCGUCGGUAUCCAAGUCAUCCAUUGUAUUUAGCAACCUGGCCAUUUCCACAGCUUUAUUGACCGCCCUUCAGGGAAAUUGGGUCUGUUCCGCUGUUUCGAUUGCCGUAGCAUCGUACCUUUCAUUGUAUCCAUUGACUUUGCUUGUACCGCUACUGGCAUUACUGCGAGACCACAAACUGAAGACGGUGUCUACCACCGCCGUCACUUUGGUCACGCUACUCUUGUCUAGUUACAAGAUAAACGAUGGCAGCUGGAACUAUCUGUUUUCCACCUACGGCGUGAUAAUAACUUUUAGCAAGAUCAUACCGAACCUGGGUCUUUGGUGGUAUUUCUUUGUCGAGUUAUUCGAGAUGUUCAUCCCAUUUUUCAAAGCCGUUUUCAAUCUGUUUGUGGUCUCCUGCAUCAUACCAUUUUCAUUACGUUUCCACAAACAGCCCUUCUAUGCCUUUGUGCUGUGCCUCUGUUGGAUCACACUGACGAAAUCGUAUCCGACUUUGGGCGACGGGGGGUUUUUAUUGAGUUUCAUUCCCUUUUUCAAGCCCUUGUAUGGAUACUUCAGAUACUCAGUAAUCUCUGCUUUGCUCUUCAUUCAUGUCACUGUGUUGUCUCCCAUUUUUUACCAUUUAUGGGUUGAUUUGGGAUCUGGGAAUAGUAACUUCUUUUAUGCGAUAUCGCUGGUCUAUGCUUUGGGAUUGGCAACUGUGUUGGUCGAUCUGGUUUGGGCAAUGCUGAGGAUAGAGUAUGAUAAGGGCAAACCAAACCUCAACCUCAAACUGACGCCAAUAUAA